CAAUUUCUAUUAAAACUACAUAGAAAACUGGUUCUCAAAUUAAACAGUGACAAUGACAGAGGAAGUUGAAUUCUAACAUAUUGCUUCAAGUAAAAUCAAACACUCAUAAUUCAAAGCUCAAUUUCAGAUCCAAUCCUGUUUAGUUUUUUGGAUUUUAUAUUAACUUUAAACAACUUCGAUAGGUUAGUAUGGAGAAAGAAGACUUAAAGACGAACACAGAAUUGGAUGCAGAACAGAAAAACACAUUAUUGGACAGCAAAUCAACUAAAACCGAAAGAGGGCAUUGGGGCAGCCAUCUGGAGUUUAUUUUUUCUUUGAUCGGAUGUUGUGUUGGCCUGGGUAAUCUCUGGCGUUUUCCGUACAUCUGUAAUCGAAAUGGUGGGGGUGCUUUUUUGAUUCCAUAUCUCACGUUUUUGUUCCUUUGUGGUGUCCCGCUCUAUUUCCUUGAAGUAUGUAUGGGGCAAUUUUCAGGUCAAGGCGUUAUCGAGUGUUGGGGAGUUUGUCCCCUAUUGAAAGGUGUUGGCUAUGGUAUGGCGGUAACAUGUACACUAAGUGUCACUUCCUAUAUUAUGGUAAUUACUUGGACCCUGUAUUAUACAUUUAAAUCAUUUUCAUCAACAUUGCCCUGGACAUUAUGUGGUGAGUGGUGGAAUACUGAAUAUUGUACAAGCCUUUCCUCGACUAAUAGUAACAAUACAUCAGUCAUGUUCAACCUGACAAUGGUGAACACCACAUAUAUUAACAAUGAAGCAGAGAAUAAUGAACACCAGAUUUGGUCAAAUCUUUCAAUGGCCCAUACAGCAGGAGAGGAGUUUUGGCAGUACAAUGCGCUUAGAAUUUCUCCAGGAAUUGAGUACAUUGGUAAAAUUGAAUGGCAUUUGGUUGUUUGUUUACUUGUUGCCUGGAUCAUCGUGUGUUUGUGUCUUAUUAAAGGUGUACAUUCUGUUGGCAAGAUUGUUUAUGUAACUGCCUCGUUACCAUAUAUUUUACUGGUUGUCAUAUUAAUUCGUGGAGUAACUUUACCUGGUGCUGUAGAUGGUAUUAUAUUUUAUCUUAGACCAGAUUUUUAUAAGCUGAAAGAGCUAUCAGUAUGGAUCGAGGCAGCUCUACAAAUAUUUUAUUCUCUAGGACCAGGUUGGGGAGUUAUUAUCACUCUGUCUAGCUACAAUAAAUUCAAGAGCAAUGCUUACAGAGACUCCAUUAUGGUAUGUCUUAUUUGUUCAGGAACGAGUAUAUUUGGUGGGUUAGUCAUAUUUUCUAUAUUGGGAUUUAUGGCGAAGAAUGUUGGGAUCAGUGUGUCGGAAGUGGUUUCCUCUGGACCUGGACUAGUUUAUAUCGCUUAUCCCCAAGCCUUGUCAUUGUUACCAGUGCCCCAACUUUGGUGUUUUUUGUUCUUUCUGAUGCUUUUAUCUGUGGGUCUCGAUACUCAGUUUUGUUUUCUGGAAUUAGCAGUGUCCGUAAUCAUUGAUUCGUUCCCUGCACAGUUGUCUGGAAGACGUCCAUUAUGCACUGUAAUCAUUUGUUCUAUCAUGUUUUUGCUCGGACUUCUGUUUUGUACACAGGCUGGGAUGUACAUAUUCCAAAUAUUUGAUUGGUAUGUUGGGGCAUUUAGUGUCUUCUGUUUCGGUAUUAUAGAAUGUGUUGUAUUUGGUUGGAUUUAUGGUACUGAUAAGUUUGGUGAAGAUAUUGAGAUGAUGAUUGGACGCAAACCACCAGUAAUCUUUGAGAUACUCUGGAAAAUUAUUACACCUGGCAUAUUAGUUGCCAUUUUAAUUUCUUCAUGUGUAGGAUUUAAAACGCCAUCUUAUGGAAAAUAUCAAUACCCAACAUACGCUUCAGCCAUUGGUUGGUGCCUUACUAUACUUUGUUUUCUGCCAGUACCUAUUUUCAUGAUCAAGGCCAUUUAUAAUGAAAUAGGUUCCAUAAAAGAGAGGUUGAGGCAAAGUAUUAAACCUACUCCAAAAUGGAGACCCCAGGAACUGGCUGAGAAAUGUCCAAGCAGAUACCAUGAAGAGACACGUGUUUGAAAGUUAAACCACCUUCGUAUUGUCUUGUUUCAAAGAAAGACAUGCGAAACCAUACUGCAAAGACAUUGUUAUUGAAAAUUGAUCUGUACCUUACAAUUUCUAUUAAAUACAUUUAUUUUGAUUUGA